CGGUGGCGAUGGCGGCGGCUGCGGCGGCGGCGGGAGCGCAGGCAGCGACGGUAGUGCCAACGGCAAUCCCAACGGCGACGUCACGAUGACGCCCAUAGUCGAUGUGCGCCCCUCACUCAGUCCCAAGAGAGAGCCCCAAGAAGAGCGUUGUGAUCCAGACGCUGACGGACUUGGAGUGGCGGACUUGGAGCGAUUCGCCCCGUCGCCCAUGUACGAUGACUGCUCGCUGGGGAGCAGCGGCAAGUACCAGCUGAGUGAUCCUGAGAGCCCCGGAGCGGACGACAGCUUGCAAGAGCAGCCCGAGAACCUCUCCAACAAGGGCAGCGAGCGCAUGAGUUCGCUCAUGAGCGGCUUGGGUCUGGGCGCAGGCCAGCGGCUGCCCCCCUCGCUGCCCUUCCCGCCGGCCGCGCACUCGCCGCCCUCCAGCGCCUCCAGCGGCUCCAUCCACGCGCUGGGGUCUGCGGGGCUGGCGCUGGGGCUGCCCCCCGACGUGGACCCCGCCAAGGACCCAGCUAUCUACACCAGUCUGCUGCCUCGGCCGGGGUCCAACGACAACUCGUGGGAGAGCCUCAUCGAAGUCACCAAGACGUCCGAGACGUCCAAACUACAGCAGCUCGUGGACAACAUCGAACACAAACUCACGGACCCCAACCAGUGCGUGAUAUGCCACCGGGUGCUGUCGUGCAAGAGCGCGCUUCAGAUGCACUACCGCACGCACACAGGUGAGCGACCUUUCAAGUGUAAAAUUUGCGGGCGUGCUUUCACGACCAAGGGUAACCUCAAAACGCAUAUGGGUGUGCAUCGCGCCAAACCGCCCGUGCGCGUGCUCCACCAGUGUCCCGUGUGCCACAAAAAGUUCACCAACGCGCUUGUACUGCAGCAGCACAUCCGCUUGCAUACGGGAGAGCCCACCGAUCUUACGCCCGAACAGAUUCAGGCUGCCGAGAUCAAGGAGUUCCCAGGGGCGCCCGGGGGCCCCGGCGCCAGCGCUG